ACAAGACGAGCCAACACUUUGGUCGUAGAAAACGAGAGCUGCGUUUCAGAUCUAGCGCUAGGGUUUGCGAUCGGUCGAUGUCUUCGGCAUCUCGUUAUUCGGAGGGCUAUGGCGCGAUCCCCUCGAGCUCAUCGUCGGCCGUAGCGCCUUCGUCGUCCCGCGCCGUGGAGAUGUUCUCCCGAGCCAAGGAGCGUGGCCGCGAGAUGAUGGCCACUCGCCGCCCGUGGCGCGAACUGGCCGAUCCCGCCGCCUUCUCGCGCCCCUACGGAUACCGCGACGCGAUGGCCCGGACGCGACGCAACCUCGCUUACUUCCGCGUCAACUACGCCCUCGCCGCCCUCUUCGUUCUCUUCUGCAGUCUCCUCUGGCACCCCGUGUCUAUGAUCGUUUUUCUCGUUGUCUUCGUCGGCUGGUUCUUCCUCUACUUCUUCCGGGACGAACCGGUGGUGUUCUUUGGCCGAACGCUGGACGACCGCCUCAUUCUGGCUGCGCUCUCCGUGGUCACCAUUGUCGCCCUGGUGCUGACCCAUGUCGGGUUGAAUGUGCUGGUCGCCCUGAUUGUAGCCGCCGUCCUGAUUGGGCUUCACGCAGCAUUCCGCAUCACUGAGGAUCAGUUUCUCGAUGAGCAAGAAGUGGCCGAUGGGGGCUUGUUGUCGUUUGGCAGUGGCCGAUGAGUCAGGCUUAUGGAUUCAUGAACUGAUUGCUGAUUUGGAUCGAACUGUGGAGGUUUUUUCUUUGCGUGCAUCUUCACCUUCUGGUACAGUGGUUUCUCAUAACUAUUUCUUUAUGUUGUUUCUAUGUGUUCAUGUUUCUUUGCUGCACUUGGUUGAUCUGGUUUACACUGGAAUCAUUCAAUAUAAAUGCCUGGCUUGAGAAGAA